GUCUAGUCCGGGUAGAUCAUCUGUAGAAAAUGCCUCAGUUUCCAGUGAAAAUAAGAAUUAAACGAAAAUAAAACAUGUUUCACCUACAGCUGGAAAUAAGAAGAAAAGGAAGGCAGCAGUGGCGUUGGAGAAGCUAGAUGAAUCAUCCAACAUCCUUAAAGUGAUGGUAAAGCAGAAUCAAGAGUCCGAUGAAAAAGACAAAUCAUGGCAACAAGAACUGAAGAAGAUGAAAAUGGAUCACAAAAAGUUUAGGAUGGAAUGGCAGAUCCAGAUGGAAGAGCGAGGAAUGGAACGAGAAGAAAAGGCGAGGGAGAGAGAUGAACAGCAGCGAGUAGAAGAGAGAGAUCGAGUGGAGAGGCAAAGAAGGGAAGAUAGAGAGAGGGAUGAGCGAAGAAGACAAGAGGAUAGGGAGCGUGAAGAUCGACAAAGGGCUGAGAAGAUGCAGUUGCUUCUGACACUUAUGACACAAUUAAAUAAAAAAUAGUAGUAAUUAUAGAACAGGACACGAUAUAGUCAGUUUCAUAAAACCAAUUUAGUGGUAGUAAUUUUUUUUUUUUUUGGUAUACAAGGGAGGUGUGGUGUCAGUUAGUUCUUUUUACUAAUAUCCAACCUUCACGUAAUGUUAAUAUCGUUCUUGAAAUAUAUACUUAAAGGCUUUGCAGUCAUUCAUAGGUGCUACUAUAUUUUGGCAUUUGUAAUGUUUUUAUAAUAUUUAGACAAUAGUGUUACAUUAGCUUUUUAUAUAGAUCUCAUUAAUGACGUUUUACACUGAGCCAUAUACAAAUUAAGUGUGAAUUUCUAUAGUACAAAUAUAUUAAAGAUUUAAAUAAAGGUCUUUGAAGUUAACUGUUACUUGAUCCAAACUAUAUGUAAAUUUUAAACUGCUACACCAGAUCUUCAACAGAUCAGAACAGAAUAGUGUUUAUUCAGUAGUGUGAAUGCUCAAAAACCCAUGCAUCGUGGCAUUUCCCCGGCCAACCAACAUCAAAAUCGAUGAAGCGAUAUCUGUAUUCAACUACUGCUUGUAGUAAAACACUGUGUCACUGCUUCCGGUUAUAGAAAUCCGUGUGAUAUUCUGUUGGUGGUAAAAUGGGAAAAUGACAUCCAUCAAUGCUACUGCCACAUUGCGGAAAUCCCCAGGUUGUUUAAAAGCCAUUAAUAAUGUCUUUCAUUUCAUUUGUGCUUGGUUUAGGUGCAUAAUAUA